AGGAGAAUUAAGAGUGAAAAAGAGGACAAAGAUGGAGUGGUUCUACCCUAAGAGGAGGAGGGGUCCAGAGUGGAAACAAGGGUGGACUUGCCAGACCUUGGCCUCCAUCUCUGCACCACCUCUGCAUUUGCUCACCAUCUUUGCCAUUGUCAUUGGCUUGCUAUGGCUUUCUCAAUACACAGAGUACAAGGCCCAAAUGCAACACACAGCCUUUAAUUUCCAGCUCUUCCUAAUGGUGUUGCCUGUUUUGUUGAUAUUUGUGGUAGCUUCAUGUUCUUCAGUACCUUCUAGUGGAUGGUUCAGCUUUCGGUCCCAACAUCCACAGCGUGUGCCAGCUCACCCAGCCAGGGGCGGUGGUGGCUCAGGCUCACCGUGGGGUGUUGCCUUCUUGUUGGUGCUGAUUUUGGUCUUGCUAUCUUACCAAUCAUCCUUCCAUUCCAAGUGGUUUGGACCUCUUGGGAUGUCAGAUUAAUUGUGUUUUUUUAUUAUUUUUAUUUUGGGUUGUUGAGAGAAUUGUGCUUUGUUAAGAUGUAGUGGGUUGGAUAAACGAAUGUCUCUCCAUUUUGUUUUAACCAUGCAAUGUCACCAAUCACAGUAGACUUGCUACUACAAGAUUGAGCCAACUCUGAUGAUUGUGCUUACUGUCAAGCUCGAGCUGGGUUAAUUAUUUUAGAUCUAAGUUCCGACCGGCUUAAUUAUUUGUAAAUAAACUCAUGAUUCUUGU